AAAGUAUAUAACAAGGUACAGGUUCAACAAUACUGUAGUUUCUACUGUAGUUCACAUUUUGCAUGCACAUAACACUUAGUGGCAAGUUAUCAAAAGUAAACAUGGAAAAUGAAUACGGCUAAAACAUACUUUAAGAACAGAGUACAGUCAAUACACUAACUAGUGACACUUGGUUGUGUGGUGUUUAAAAAAUGUCACAGUACCUUUGACUGCUCUGCCCACAAUAAAGCAACAUUAUUAGUGUGUGCUGUGUGCCAUUUCCUCUAUGCAGGGCCUGGUUUCAUAUGUAUACCGUUCAGGAUCCGAUUGAAGCUGUGCAUUGAGUCUGUGGUGUGAGUGACCUCAUUUCAGGGGCAUAGAAUGUUUUCAAGAGACGAUCCAAAACGGUACAUAUGGUACAGUACAGGAAACUUUGGUUACAACAUGACACGCUAACUAUGUGAAAACAAUUAAAGUUGCCUGCAGAGUUUUUGAUCUGAAAGUUUAAAAUCAAAUAGAGAUGUGUGUUGAAGGCAGAAACCUGACAUGGACACCGAUGCUUCUGUUUCUGAGCAGUGCUCUUUGCAGUCAGUGGGAAGUGAAUUAUCACCAGCAACAUAUCUGUGCAGUGAAAGACUCGUCUGUUGUCAUUCCUUGUUCAUUUUACUAUCCUGACAACCAGAGAGUACAAAGUACCGCAUGGGGCCAUGAAAAAUAUGAUAUUUUUAAUGGUCCUUUCAAUUUUGACAGUGAGUUGAAUGAAACAAAAAAAAGAUUUCAGUAUAUUGGUGACACAAAUCACAAUUGUUCUUUAAAAAUAAACCAAGUGGAGCAUAAUGAUACAGGAAAACACACCUUCAGAUUUACAACUAACGACAAAGAGGGCAAGUGGACUGGUAAAGAUGGCUCAACAUUAAAGGUUGUUGAUUUGAGCAUUUCGGUGACAAAGCCUAAUGGAAACAGAACAAUAAAGGAGGGCGACUCUGUGAAUCUGACCUGCAGAAACGGCUGUGAUGGUGACAAUCUUUUAUCUGCUUUCACCUGGUUUAAGAAUGGAGAACCCAUAACUGAGGGACCUACACUUUAUUUAAGCAACAUGUCCUCCACAAACUCUGGAAACUACACUUGUUCUCUGAAAAGACACACAGCAGCAUCUUCAGGAGUCAUACACAUUGAUGUUGAAUAUAGCCCCAAGAACACAUCAGUGUCUGUCAGACCAUCGAUGGAGGCAGACGCCGGCAGCAACAUAACCCUGACCUGCAGCAGCCGUGCUAACCCCCCAGUGGAGAAUUAUACCUGGGUUAAAAUAGAUGACGGCGAUAUAAUGGAUGUUGGAAAAGGGCCUGUGUUCUUCCCUGGUGAUGGUGGCCAGUAUUUAUGCAGUGCCAGCAACAAACAUGGAAGCCAAAACUCCUCUGUAGUUACUAUAAAAAUGAAACAAGAUUGGACAUUUACCAAAGAUGUACUUAUCAUCGCCAUACUUGCUGCUGUUUCUGUGCUUCUGAUUGUGACCAUUGUUUUUGCCGUCAGAAGACUCAACAGAAAAAGGACAAGAGCACCAGAGAGGAGCGAGGAGUGUGAGGAGGACAUCCAGAAUUCAGUCUAUGCCAACUAUCCUGUUUUUGACAAUAACCAAUCACAAGAGAGAAUUGGAUGUGAGGAACAAACACUAGAGCUCAUCUACACAACUGUUGACUUUCACACCGAGAGAAAGAUGGAGCAGCAGGUGGCCUCCCACAACGAUGACGAAGGUGUGGUUUACAGCACAGUGUGCAGGAAACUCUUGAACCCUACAUAUGUUGAAACUCCCUGAUUGGACAACAAGCACAUGCCGUUUUGAAGGAAAAGGAAACAAAUUGUGGCAAAAUAUUACAAACAUACACAUACAAUACGAAUACAUUUUCUUUGUCAAUGCUAAUUCUUGUUGAUCAAACUGAAGACCAAAAAAUGAAUGUCAAAUGUUAAAACUCAAGGUUACAUCAAAGAGAAAAAUAAAAGUUAAGUUGUAUUUUUUUUUUAAUGCAUGUGAUCAUAUUUCUUUCGCCGUGCCUCUGGAUCAUACAGCAUGUGUGUGGAGGUGCACCCGCUGGCUCUUAAGUUACUUUCUGGUGCUCAGGGUUUUACAAAUAAGAAAUACUCUUGUGUUGUGGUUUUGGUACUGUGGAAGUUCAUUUGCUGUUGUUUAGCACCUUAGGUUUAUAAGAGUCUUUUAGUCAUGUAUUACUCAACCAGGCCACAGACAAUUGGAGCAGGUUCCUAAAAGAUGGAAAUAUGUGAAAUAAUUGAAAUACAGACAUUGUGUGAGGUACAAACUAUUAUAAUACACACAUGUGAGAAAACAAAAACAUUAUACAGCAAAAACAAAGUUUUUUUCAGGGAAACAAGUUAACUCACGACUCAUUCAGGUUCAGUUGUCUUUCUUCCUUUUGAUGUAACACUGUGUCAUCACAUUACAUUUUGAAUACUUCAUAACAUCUGCCUGAUUGCCCUUCAGGGCGUCAGUGAUGGAUGUAGAGGAAAUAAUACACCUUCACAUUUAAUAUGCAAACAUUCAUCAUUGAUAACUAUAAGCUACCUGCCAUUCAAUGCAACCUCUUAUUUGCCAAAACAAUUUGGGCAACAAAAUAGCCUUGACAUGCUUCUUCUGUAAUUUCUUGUAUCUGAGACAAUUAAAG